AGUAAGUUUGAAUGCGGAAGCGAAAUGAAAACAUGUUUUCAGUUUUCUCUGAGAGCGAAAUAAACUUCAAAUAAUCAUCGUUUAGUUGAAGAUAUUUCAGUUUGAAGCUGCUGGUUGAAUAAAGCAGAUUAAUGAGCAGCUUUUUCAUCUGAAGAAGAGGCAACAUGUCCUGAUGGAGAAUCUUCGUCCUCGGCUGAACUUUGGGAAUAAAGUCCAAGUUGUGAAACUGAGAAAACGAAAAUCUGAACUUUACUCAAAGGAAGAUGGAACCAGUCCGCUCAGCGACGGUGAGCUGUGGAGCCGUCUGGUGGUGUUUUCUGUCGUCUUCAGGCUGAUGAACUGUUUCCUGGUUCAGAGCAGCUUCGUCCCUGAUGAGUACUGGCAAUCUCUGGAGGUUUCCCACCGGAUGGUCUUCAAUUAUGGGUACCUGACGUGGGAAUGGAAAGCAGGAAUCAGAGGAUUCAUCUAUCCGCUCUUCUUCGCAGUAAUAUAUAAAAUAUUACACGUCAUAAACUACGACUUAGUUCACCUCCUGAUCUGGCUCCCCAGAAUCCUUCAGGCUCUGUUCGCUGCGUUCGCUGACGUCAAAUUCUUUUUUCUCCUCCGAACGUUGGAGAGUCCAGAUGUUGCAAAAUGGACGUUUUUCUGCCACAUGGUCUCGUGGUUCUCGUGGUUCUGCUGCACCAGAACCCUGACUAACAGCGCUGAGACCACCCUCACCUGUCUGGCUCUGGUCUACUUCCCCCUGCCCGGGUCCACAAAACACAGCAGUAGUGUGUACCUGAGCCUGGUGGCGGUGGCGGUGCUGGUGCGGCCCACGGCGCUCAUCGUCUGGUUCCCUCUGGUUCUCCUCCACUUCUACCAGGAGGAGAACAAGCUGAGGCUGGUCACCCACAGCCUCCUCCCCAUCGGAGCUGUGGCGCUCGUGAUCUCAACAGUGAUCGACUGUAUAUUUUAUGAAAAGUGGACUCUGGUGCAGUUUAACUUUGUGAAGUUCAACGUGUUCCACGGCGUGGCGGACUUCUACGGCGCCCACCCGUGGCACUGGUACCUGAGCCAGGGCCUCGCCGUGCUGCUGGGUCCUCAUCUCCCGCUCUUUGUUCACGGCUGCUGCCUCGCCGCCAGGAAAUACAAAACCCUGCUGGCCGCCAUCGUCUGGACCGUCGCCGUCUACAGUUGUCUUCCUCAUAAGGAGUUCCGGUUCCUGUACCCUCUGCUGCCGUUCUGUAUGAUCUUCUGUGGUAUGUCUCUGGCUCACCUGGGGGCGUGGCGCCGUCCGGCGGCGCUCCUCCUGCUGGUCACUAACCUGUCGGCUGCUCUCUACACCGGCCUGGUCCACCAGAGAGGGACGCUGGACGCCAUGAGCCACGUCAGGGCGCUGUGUGAUGUCACCAGCACGCCGCCGCCAGACGUCCUCUUCCUCAUGCCCUGCCACUCCACGCCUUACUACAGCCACGUCCACUGCCCGAUGAAGAUGCGGUUCCUGGAGUGCCCCCCAGACCUCGGGGAGGAGGGCUACGUGGAUGAAGCAGACCAGUUCUACGUUGACCCUCUUCACUGGCUCAGGACUUCGUUUCCAUACAAAUCUUCUCUACCGACCCAUCUGGUUCUCUUUGAUGUUUUGGAGGAGGAAAUCUCCGUGUUCCUGCAGGGGAACAAGUUUGUGAGGACGGCGGAGAUAUUUCACACACAUUUUCCGGAGGGAAGAGUUGGAGGAAGCAUCUUUAUUUAUGAAAGGCACUGACAAACACUGGAACAAUGUUUCUUCACCAGAAUGAUGCUGC